UAAAGUUAAACAUGUGCAAAUUAUGCAUGUGCAAUUUUAGCGAAUCGCGUGGGAAUGAUGAGAAUUCCAGUCUGCUCUACUCUGAAGGAUCGAUUUGUCGUCGAGUGGAGAAAGUGCGUGCACACCUACUUUCUCCAGAUUUCGCUUCGUUGCAGGAAAAGUCAGCCUGCUUUCUCUCACUACACUUUUUGCCCAUUUUUUACAUCUCCAGAAAAUAUGGCUGUUUAUUAUUACCCCCGGAACGGGAGUAAAUUUCUGAGAUGAAUUCCCUCGGCCUUAACAUUAUUUUGAGAAUGGGUUGUCUCUGUUCGAAACAAAGCGUUCGGAUAAAUGGGAAGACGUACUACAUCCGAGACAGAUUGGGCGAAGGAGGCUUCAGCGUCGUGGAGCUUGUCGAAGACGCCAGAACGCAUGAAAUGUUUGCCCUGAAACGGAUUCCUUGUCACAACGCGGAAGACCAGAAGGUCGCCAUGCUUGAGGUGGAGAGUCAUAAAUGUAUCCAACAUCCGGGCGUGAUGGAAUUACUGGAUUAUGAUCUCAAGUCUAAAGUAGACCCUUUGGAGGAUCUAUCAAGUGAGCUGUUGAUUCUGAUGCCGUAUUAUCAGAGAGGAACGCUGUUUGGGGAACUAAGUCGACGGGAAGUUCGAAAGCUUUAUUUUGCGGAGAAAGAGGUGCUAAGGAUUUUUCGGUGCAUUUGCGAAGCUGUGGAAGCAUUUCACACUUUACAGCCUGACCCCUUGGCGCAUAGGGAUUUAAAAACGGCAAAUAUAUUGUUGGAUGAAAACUUUAAUCCAGUUCUAAUGGAUUUAGGGUCUACCACAAAGGCCAGAGUGGACGUUAAAGAACACACCGAAGCAAAACAGUUGGAAGAGCUUGCUGCUGAAAGGUCAUCAAUGCCGUACCGGGCACCAGAACUGUUUCACGUGUCUUCUAACUUGUCUAUUGACGAACGGUCGGAUGUUUGGUCCUUGGGAUGCAUUCUCUUUGCUCUCUGCUUUUUUAAAUCGCCCUACGAUAUUGUGUAUGAACGACACGACUCCGUGGCGUUGGCUGUGGUCAGCGGUAGAAUAGACAUUCCGCCAGACAGCCCAUUUUCUGAGGAAUUGCAUAACUUGAUCAAAUACAUACUCGUCGUGGAUCACAAAGAACGCCCAUUCAUUCAAGACGUACUCACACGGCUGAGGGAACUGGAAAUGAAAAACCAAGGCUGUGUCUAAUCAGUCCAACCUCUUACGACUACGUACAAAUUAAUACAGAAUUGACGACUAUGCAUAGACGAAAAGUGAUGAUUUGAAAGCAAACAUAUCAAUUGACAAUGCCUAUUAUAACUUUGUAUGUGUAAUAUUUACGUAUUAUGUAUGCAAUAAGUAAAUAACAUUCCAGAAAAUGUAGAACAAUAGAAUUAAUUAACCGGUUGUGUAAGUGAAAGUA